CCGAACCAAGCAACUCUGAACAGAAUGCGGCCAAGCUAAUUCGAGACUGCGAGAGCGUCUAUGCGGCAGGAUUACUGGGUAAAGAAGACCCACCGCUAGAUAUCCUCUCAUUUUCGGGGAAAAUGAUUAUUGGGAGAAUGGAGACGAUUAGACAAUGGUAGAAAAUGGCAAAGCAAGUGUUAUUCUCGUUCUCACCAUCAACACCAUAUUUAGCAGCUUCAUGUUUCCGUCGAUGCUUAGGAAGCUUUGUGCCAAUUAGCAAUGGAAAUAGCAGUAGCAAGAGGAAGAAGAAAGAAAAGGAGAAAGCAUUUGCAAUUGCAGUAGCCGCAAAAUCGAGAGCUUUAGAGAAGGAGAAGAGGAGAACUCGCUCCCACAAAGAGUUGGAUGACGAUGUGGUGGCAAUUACGAAUCAAUUGCAAUCCUCUUCCAAUCGCAGUCACAUUCCUGUUAUGCUGGCUGAAGUAUUGGAGGUUUUCUCGUGGAGACCUAUCUUGUCUUUUGUCGACUGCACUCUUGGUGCUGCUGGUCAUUCUUCUGCGAUGAUCAAGGCCCAUCCUCAAAUGAAGCUUUACGUUGGGAUGGACGUAGAUCCCAUAGCCCUUGAUGAGGCAAGAACUCUCCUCCAUCCUCAGUUGAAUGCUUAUCCUCACCUCAGUCCUCACCUGCUCCUCAGUAAUUUCAAGCACAUCCAAUCUGUGCUUCCUCCACUUGCCCCCUCAGGGAUUGAUGCAAUCCUGAUGGAUUUGGGGAUCUCCUCCAUGCAGGUGGACAAUCCUCAAAGGGGUUUCAGUGUGAUUGCCGAUGGACCUCUUGAUAUGCGGAUGGAUCCUCAGGCUACUCUAAAAGCAGAAGACAUUCUUAAUUCUUGGCCAGAUAGUGAAGUGGGACGAAUUCUGCGGGACUAUGGGGAAGAAAGCAACUGGUAUUUGCUUCAGAAUAAGAUAGUCCGGGCCCGUCUACACGGUGGAUUGCAUUCCACUUCUGAUCUCGCAAAGUUGAUACGGAGUGUGUCUCCUGGGAAAAAGGCAGGAAGGCAAGGAUGGAUAAAGACUGCAACACGAGUGUUUCAAGCUCUAAGGAUAGCCGUUAAUGAUGAACUGAAGACACUGGAGAAUUCCCUCUAUACUUGUUUCGACUCCCUUGCCCCUGGGGGUAGGCUUGCUGUCAUCUCUUUCCACAGUUUGGAGGACAGGAUUGUGAAACAAACAUUUCUCAAAAUCAUAGACUGCAACAUGGAUGAUAGAGAUGGAGCUGAAGAAACAAGUGGUGGCUCAGAUUCUGGGAACAUCAGAAAGGACGGUGACAAAAAGGAAGCGUGGAUUAGACAGAUGAUACAGGGCAGGAACGGAAUAAUCCUCACCAAACGCCCCAUUACACCAUCUGAAAGGGAAGAAAACUUCAAUCGACGAAGUAGGAGUGCUAAGCUCAGGGUGAUUCAAAAGCAUGGUGAACUUUGAGUGAGAAGCUAGGAGAAACUAUCAGCAAGAAAUUGACUUUUCAAACAGUUGAGUGAGCGUAAAACUUGGAUCACCAGAAGAGUCUGCACCACGUUGAUGACAGGUAAAAUUGGACCAAAGCCUCAUGUUCGUAGGUGCCCGAAAUUGAGACAAGUCCACGGAAUCAGUAUUCCACAAAAAAAAUAACCUUGGUUUGAAUUCUCGACCUCGGGCACCAUAAACCCUAGGCAGAAUCCUGUUGUGUUGUCCUUUUUCCUUUUGUGAUUCAAAUGUAUUUUACAAUUGUCCAUGAGUCUAAGAUAUAACUUGCGCCCUCA